AUGAACUUGCAACAGAUUAUGAGACCCAGCUCAAUUAGCGCAGACGGUAUCAAGGUCUUCGCUGGGGCUGAGCAGGAUGCCAACCUCUUCUUCAUCACCGUCGAGGCCAAGCUCAUCGCCGCUGGCAUCGACGCUGGCAUCAUCGCCGAGGGUGGUGCUGACCACCAAGGAGACGGGCAGGCUCCAGCAGCUGCCUCAUCGCCGAGCCCAAGCACCCACGGUGCUUCGGGUCCCCGCACUCGCUCCCGCGCUCAACGCGGCCCUCGCCGCACUGGCGCCCGCCACAACGUGGAGGACCACGACGACGAUGACGACGACGAGGGCGAUGGCGACGACCACGGCGCUCAGCCAUCUUCCUCCUCUUCCUCUCUCCCUUCUUCCGCCACUCCGAGCGGAGGAGCGCAGGUGGCGUCCCGAGCCUCUGGCCUGCUGGAUCCCCGUGAUCCACAGGUUGACGCAGCCAUCUUCGCGUUCCUCCUUGGCGUCCUGACGGGACACCCGCUGCGGCUGGCCAUCACCGACAACCGUGGCCGCUCCGGUGUGCUUGCGCUGCGCCGCCUCCGCGAGCGCUACAUCCGCAGCGGCAAGGACCACGUCAGUCGUCUCAGGCAGCAGCUCUCCUCGACCACCUGGUUGCCCACGGACACCGUCGACACGUUCAUGUCCCGCAUCACGGACAUCAACUCGCAGCUCCUUGCUGCCGGCGUGUCCAUCCCGGAGGACGACCUGCGCACCCUCGUCCGCAACGAAUCCCCGCGGGGUUUGAUGGUGGCGAUGCCGUCCAUGGAGCGCGAGGACCCGCCGCCAUCGCUGUCCAAAAAUGACGGCGGACCCUCAUCCAGGAAGGAGGCCCGCCUGCUUCGUCCCAAGAAGCGCACGCCCCCCCGGCUCAUUCGCUGCAUAGCCGAUGCACGUGGCACGUGGACCUUCGACACGAGCGGUGACCCAUGCUGCCCACCGGCAGACAGGGACACCUGUUCGUUUUGCAACUUCCGCGGCCACUGCGCGCAGCAGUGCCGCAAGCUGCAGGCGGCCAAGCGCUACCACGUCAUCGACGUGCGGCAGAUCCUCUCCAAGCUUCGCAACCAUGGCAACGGCAACGGCAAGCGGCCAGGAUCCUCUCGCCCGCAGCACGGAGGUGCAGCUCCAUUCAAGAAGGCGGCCGUCGUCAGCCACGGCCCUCAGCGCGUGGAGACCUUCGCCAUCCACCAUGAUGCCCUCAUGCUGCAGCCCGAGGACGAGGAGGAGGGCACGCCAUCGGACCACGGUGCCACGGCGCACAUCACCAGCGACGCCUCCCUCCUCACCAACUACAUCGCCGUCACGCAACACGUCACCGUUGCCAACAGCCAGGCCGUCACGGUCAUCGGCAAGGGCGACGCCGUGCUCCGCGUGGCUGGCACCGACGGCGCUCCAGGCACCAUCACGCUCAAGAAUGUGCUGCAUGUCCCCGACAUCAAGUACAACCUUUUGGCGCUGAACCUGGUGACUCGCGCGCGUCGUGGUGCUUCCGUCGUCAUUGCUGCGGACGACAGCCGUAUCCAGUUUGCCACAUGGAGCGUGCCUCUGCUGCCGUCCAAGGACACCGGCCACCUCUUCCUCUACGCCAGCACCACGACCUCCCAACAAGCCACGGCGCUUGCGGGGGAGCUCGUGCACAGCAGCGACGAGGAAGCCGAGGAUGCUGACGAGGGCGCCUCUGCACACGACGUGCUAGGCCAUCGCAGCAGCGCGGCCGUCGACGCCUUCCGGCAGCAGAUCGUCCAGGCCUGUAACUGCCUCGGAACCGCUUGCCUCUCGGCAGCGAUCCCGAGCCCUUGGCACGGCCAUCGCAGCAGCGCGGCCGUCGACGCCUUCCGGCAGCAGAUCGCCCAGGCCUCUUCCAAGCACAUCGUCACCUGUGGACCAUGUGCGCUUGGCAAGAGCACGCGCGCCUCCAUCCCGAAGCAGUCUGCUCCACGCAGCGCUGGGCCAUGCCAGCUGCUCUACGCCGACAUCGCCGGUCCGCUGGAGGAGACGUCGCUGCGAGGUGCACGCUACGCGCUGACCUUCAUCGACGACUGCACGCGCUUUGCCUGGACGUUUCUCAUCCGGCACAAGAACGACGUCGGUGCGGCCCUGGAGCAGCUGCGCAAGGACCGUCACGUCGUCAACGCGCUCCGAGGCGCCACGCUGCAGACGGACAGCGACGCCGUCUUCAAGAGCCAGGACUUCACCGACCUGUGCGUGGCCUUCGACAUCAAGCAGCGCUUCUCGCCACCGCACUCGCAGGCCAAGAACGGAUCUGCAGAGCGCACCUUCCGCACCCUCUUCGAGACGGCGCGCACGAUGCUGUUUGCUGCGGACCUGGACAAGCCGUUCUGGGGCUUCGCCGUGCAGCAUGCCACGCUGCUGCACAACAUCGCUCCACGCAGGAGCCUCAAGGACAAGUCACCCUUCGAGGCCCUGACUGGGCACCCCUUUGACGUCAGCCUGCUGCGCGUCUUCGGCUCGCCGGCCUACGUGCAUGUGGAGAAGAGCAGCACGCGGCACAAGCUCGACCCACGCUCACGCGUCCACGGUGUCAACUCACGGGCCACUUUUGCUUCGACGGCUACCAUCGCAGCCAUCCGCACCAUGCUCGCCAUGGCCGUCGCGCGUGGCAUGGACAUCCAGCAGAUGGACGUCAACACGGCGUUCCUCAACGCGCCCGUGGAUCACGAGAUCUACGUCCAGCCACCGGCCGUCGACGGCAUCUUCUCGCCGAAUACGGUCCUGCGCCUCAAGCGCGGGCUGUAUGGGCUGAAGCAGAGCCCGCGCCUGUGGAACCACACGCUGGACGCCUGGAUGCGCGAGCAGGACUUCGUCCCCACAGCCACGGACGCCUGCAUCUACCGCCGCACCUGCAAUGGUGGCAAGGUGAUGUGGGUUGCCGUCUACGUGGACGACCUGCUCAUCUUCGCCGACAGCGACAGCGACAUGGCCGCGUUCAAGAAGGCCAUCUCUAAGCGCUUCAAGAUGAAGGACCUGGGCAGCCCAGACAUAUGUCUCGGCAUCAAGGUGCAGCACGACCGCAAGGCCAGGACCGUCACCAUGAGCCAGGAGCACUACCUGCGCAACGUGCUGGAGAGCUUCGGCAUGGCUGACUGCAAGCCUGUCGGCACGCCGCUCUGCACGGGCUACGUUGACAAGCCAGCCGACAGGGAGGAGUCACUCCCAGACGUGCCGUUCCGCGAGCUGCUUGGCUCCCUCCUCUAUGCUGCGACGAUGACGCGUCCAGACAUCUCGGCGGCUGUCUCCAUCCUGUCUCGCCGUAUGCAGCACUUCGGCAUGGACCACUGGAAGGCUGCCAAGCACCUUCUUCGCUACAUCAAGGGCACCUUGUCCUACACCAUCAAGUACGCCGCCACUGGCGACACCAGCAACGGCAGCACUGCCGACGGCGUGCUCUCAGCGUACUCGGAUGCGUCGUUCGCCUCCGACGUUGACACGCGACGUUCCCGCACGGGCUUCGUCGUCUUCUGUUCCACGGGCCCCGUGUCCUGGAACUCCAAGCUGCAGGCCACCGUGGCCACAGCCUCCGCCGACGCGGAGUACAUGGCUCUCGCAGCCACCGCACAGGAACUCAUGUUCCUUCGCCAACUCCAGGAGGAACUCACCGGCGCCGUCCUGUGCGAGCCCACGCUCGUGCACACGGACAACCAGCCGGCGCAGCGCGUUGCCGAACACGCCGCCUCGCGCAUGCGGCACAUCCUCGUCAAGUACCACUACAUCCGCGAGUGCGUCGACACCAAGAGGAUUGUGCUGAGCUACCUCGCCACGGAGCACAUGAUCGCAGAUCUCCUCACGAAGAUCCUCCCUCGGCCCAAGACGGCUCAGUUCUGCACGAUGCUGUUCGACCAGCGUCCUCUGCCAGGCUGCCAGCCACGGGCCCGUCCUCAUUCGGGCCGGUCGCCACGUCCUUCGACUCCGCGUCAGGACCUCUGA